AAUCACCUCUGGGUUUUUUAUUUUUUCUUAAACAAACCAAAAACCACUGAAAACCACUUUGAAAAAAAAAAAAAAAUGUUUUUUUUUCUUAGUUUUUGUUAUAAAUUUUUGUAAAUAAGUGAUUUUUCUCCUUCACUGAUGUGCGCUAAUGAGGCUGCACUGAUGGACACUGAUAGGCGGCACUGAUGCACACUGAUAGGCAGCAUUGACUGGCACUGAUAGGUGGCACUGAAAGGCAGCUCAGAUGGGCACUGAAAUGGCA